AUGAGACCUAUUCCGGACCUCCCAUUCUCUCGCAAAUCCUCAGAUCAUCCCUCAUCUUUAUCCCUCGAUCGCACUGCCACCCCUGCGACCUUCUUCUUAUCGCGCAGUCCACAUGUCGCGGAUCAUGAUUCCAAUGUAUCGUUAGAUAGCCCCGAGGAUGUCAAAGAGAAUGUGUAUGGAGUACAAAGCCUAGAUGCCUCUCUGUCCCUAUCAGAAUUCAAAUCCUUGCCCCGCGAUCACUCCGCAGACGGCCUGAAGCAGGAGACCGACGAUUUAGAAUCGCACCUCGCACAACGCCGGUCAAAAUUGAAGCCACUAAAUUCAGGCACCGUGGAAUCCUCUGAUUGUGCAUCUCCCAUUCAUACAGUGUCUCGGCCCUUAACCCCGCUUACGUUGGGCAUCCCUGAUGACUCAUGCUCGCUGCCUGGCAGUCCCAAAUCUAUAUCCAACCAGUCCUUUCGGCCACUCGAUGAUAUGUCUAUCACGGAUGAAAUUAACAGUCUAGCUGUCGGAUCUGGAGAUGAGGACGAAAUGCCCCAUGGGUCUCCAUUUUUGGCCCCAGGUGGGGCCUCCCAGCUUAUCAUGCCAAGCAUCAAAAUGCCUAGUCGGCGACCGUUCACCGAGCGAGGAAAAGCGAUGGGUCGAUUCAAGGUUCUUUUGGCUGGCUCUCCUGGUUCUGGUAAGACCUCGUUGAUCAAGUCUAUCGUUCAGACAUGCGACGAUAUUGUACAUGUCGAUACCAUCCCACAGGGGACAUCUUCGGGACGUCGCAGACCUUCCCGGCCCCGGUCUCGGGGGGCAUUGACUACCACUACGGAAAUUUAUGCGAGCACAAAACCUUAUCCUCCAUGGUGGUCGGAUCUGGAAGAUUCACGCGUGCUCCAGCGGCGAAGAAGCAUCGGGGAAAUCGUGUUAGAGAGGAACCUCUGUUUUGUGGACACACCCGCAACGAACUUAAGCCCGGCAGGCCAAGGCGACGCCAUUGGGCAGUAUAUGAGACAACAAUUCUUCCGUGCGACCAAUGCGCUCAGUGGGUCUAGCGUUGAUUUCCAAAACCUACUAGCCGGGAAUGGUGGAUCCCAGGUGGAUGCCAUCUUAUAUUUGAUUUCCUAUCAUACCCUCUCAACAGACGUGGAAUGCAUCCGCAAACUCUGUGAGCUAAGCAAUGUAAUCCCAAUAGUACCCAAAUCAGACACCCUUACACCAACUCAAAUCACCAACUUGAAACUCCGCUUCCACGAACAAGCUCGCGAGGCCGGAAUCAAACCAUUCCUAUUCGGUGAUUCGCCGAAUGGCCUAGACAGGCUCGGAUCUCUACCCCCAUAUGCGGUCUCCUCCGCGAAAGCAAUCGACACGGAAACAAUGGAUGCAAGCACCCUAAUGAGUCCAGACUACGUUCAACCUCUCGUGUCCUCCGAACUAGACGCCUUAGUCGACAAAAUAUUCGAUCGUGACAAUCUAGCCUGGAUGCGCCAUUCCGCGGCAAAGAAACUCCUCCGGCACUGUAGAGACUCAUAUCCGAUCCCGCCCUCAAUGCCGUUACCCAACGCGCAGCCGGGUCCUGCCACAAGUGGGUCCGCAUAUGCAUCUAGCAACUGGCGUUCCGUCUCGGGAACAUCCAUCUCGUCCGGCUCCCCGCCGGGCUAUGCCAUGGCCCGCAUCGCAGACUACACCCGACAUGAGGAGCAUAUGGCGCAGGUCCGCCUUGCCCAGUGGGCGACAGACCUACAGCGCAGCUUGCGAAACGAGCGCGAUCGAUACAACUCGCUGGCUCGCGGGGAGCGCGCCGUAUGGCUCACCGAGCGGUUGGGCGAGUGUGUUGUCGAUGGGUCGUUGGUACCUAUCUCGCAGACCACAGGCUUCUGUGGGUUACAUGGCCCCAUUGGCGAGAAGAGUCCUGGGAAGUUUCAGGCCAUGCACUCGCAUACCGGUUCCGGUGCAUAUCGCUUCGCGACUUUCAGUCCGCGUGACCCGCUUGGCGUGAUUAGCUGGAUCGACGACCUCGGACACCGGAGCUGGAUGCUUGUGCAGAUUGUUGGGACUGUAGGGGUUGUCGGUGGGUUGGCGCUCUGGCUUGCGCGCAACUGGGGCUUACCGACGCACAGUCUCUCGGAUUUGCGGGUUGAUUACUGGUGUGGUACUAUUGAACGGUAG